GUCUGAUUGUACUCUCCCUUUCUCAACCGUUGGCAGAGGGGGCAUAUUGUCAAUUCGCCAUUGUCUUCAAACCAGAACGACUCAUCAACCAAUUGUUUAUUAAGCCCUAAACUCCCCAGGUAUUUUUCCAGAGCGCAUACAGUGAAAACCCCAAACGCCGUCCACCGGCCGCCGCCGACCCUAAACCUUCAUAUUUCUGCGGCCCCUUAAAUCAUGUCGGCUAAGUGGCGUGCCAUACAGCACCGCCAUCGUUACACUUACAGUGCCGUCGUAUUCCCGCCACAUUUCGUUCAGGCAUUGAACCAAGCACCUUAUGACGCCCCCUUUUUUGCUGAAUUAAGGCAUCUUGUUUCACUCAACUCCACUUAUGCCCAACUCGAACAUGUUAAAAGACUCGCCGCAGCGUUUUCUAAUCUGCUCGCCGACCCUAGCUCCGAGGAAAAGACAGUUUCUUGUCCAGUGAAGUUGUACUUAGAAAUCCUUUUCCUGGAGAACUCCUUGCCUUUACAUAGGACGUUAGCUUCUGUAUUGGCCAAGUGCAAGAACUUUCGGACUCUGAUUGAGGGUUGUUUCCGGCUGCUCUGCGAGGAGUAUGGUGGUGCGGAGAAUGUGAUAAAUGGGAAAAGAUUCUGCGUUUCUCGGGCAGCACUUUCUAUGAUGAGCACGCCUAAGUUAGGGUACUUGGUUCAAGUCGUAGAACAAUGUGCGAACUUGGUUGCUUUGGAUGUGGUUUCUGGGUUGCAUACUGUUGUUAAUGAGACAAAUGAAUCUUCAAGGCCUUCUCCAAUUGUUAUGGAACAAUGCCAGGAGGCACUUUCAUGUAUGUACUACCUGCUUCAACGUUUCCCACAAAAGUUUUACAAUGUAGGUGGUGAACGUUAUGAAAUGAGUUUGAACGACUGCAGUGUCCUGGAGAUGGCUUUUGUGAACGUUUUGAGCAUUUUGAAGUCACAUGCGUUUUCAAGGGACUGUUUAGUGGCAGCUGGCGUGGGUUUUUUCGCAGCCCUGCAGGUUUGUUUGAGUCCUGGUGAACUUGGUUUGUUUAUCAUCCGAGGUAUUUUUCAACAGACUGACAUUUGGGACUGCAAGAUUGACCUUGAUGCUGUGCUUGGGAAAAUUCCAUAUAAUGGUGACCUGGUUGGCGAAAUUCAUAAUUUUCCAGCACUCAGUAGACUUUGCUUGAUCAGGGGGAUUCUGACGGCAGUUUCUAGAACUGUUCUCGACACUCAUUAUGUUGUCUCAAGUGAUGGUCUGGGUGGUGUUACGGCUUCUAGUGGUGGUGGAUAUUCAGUCAAGACGAUACUGUAUGAUGCUAUAUUGCCUGAGUUGUGUAGCUAUGCUGAAAAUCCCACCGAUAGUCAUUCUAAUUUUCAUGCAUUAACUGUGAUUCAAAUAUGUUUGCAGCAGAUAAAAACAUUGUUACAAGGUAAUACUGACGGCAGUGCAGAUAAUUACGACCCGAUUCCUGAGGAAAUGGGGGCAAGGAUAUUAAAGAUUGUGUGGAAUAACUUGGAAGAUCCUUUAAGUCAAACGGUUAAACAAGUUCAUCUUAUCUUUGAUCUCUAUCUAGACAUCCAGUCUAGCCUUCAGUGGGCAGAGGGUAGUGAAAACAUAAAGUUGUUCUUGAGGAAGAUUGCUUCUGAUCUCCUUUGUCUGGGGCCACGUUGCAAGGGUAGAUAUGUUCCUUUAGCCUCCCUUACCAGGCGGUUGGGGGCUAAGACUAUUCUUGGCAUGAACCCGGGCUUGCUGUUCGAGACAAUCAAGGCUUACAUUGAUGAUGAUGUGUGUUGUGCUGCUACUACAUUUCUCAAAUGUUUUCUUGAGUGUUUGAGAGAUGAAUAUUGGAGCAGUGAUGGUGUUGACAAUGGAUAUGCAAAAUACAGGGGUCAUUGCUUGCCACCAUUUUUACAUGGACUUGCUUUUGGACUUGCAAAGUUGCGUUCGAACUUAAAUACUUAUGCAUUGCCUGUUCUACUUGAGCUAGAUGUGGACUGUAUAUUCUCUAUGCUUGCAUCUAUCGGGAUUGGAUGGGAUGAGGACCCUUUAUUUACUUUUACAGAAAUCAGUUGUACAGAUAUGGUGCUGGGAGUUGAACAGCAAAGUGCUGUUUUGGUAUCAUUACUCAAGGUCUCUCGUGUACUUGCCUUGAUGGAAGGAGAUAUUGAUUGGUAUGAAAGUUCAUCGGUAUCUCCUGAAGGUACAGCACCGGAUUUGGAAAAUAGUAAUUUAGAUUGUGUUGUUGGUAUAAAGGGUAUUGAAGUGAAAGUUCCGGUCAAAUGGCUUAUAUUAGCUUUGAGCCACAUAGAUGAGUCGCUGCGCUUGGAUGCAGCAGAAACUCUAUUCUUAAACCCAAAGACAGCAAGUUUGCCGUCUUCUUUGGAACUUAGCCUGAUGAGAACAGCUGUACCCCUGAACAUGAGAUGUUGUUCUACUGCUUUUCAAAUGAAGUGGAACAGCUUGUUCAGGAAGUUCUUUUCUCGGGUUCGGACAGCAUUGGAGAGACAAAUUAAGCUGGGGACAUGGAAGCCUCUUGUUUCUGGAGAUGAAAAUGGAUUUUUCUUGUAUGAAGGAACUGAAAAAACUGUAAGACACAGGGCAGAGACUCUCUUUGAUUUUACCAAGUGGUUGAGUUGUUUCUUAUUUUUUUCCUGUUAUCCUUCUGCUCCGUAUGAGAGAAAGAUAAUGGCUAUGGAACUCAUAUUGAUAAUGUUAAAUAUUUGGCCGCUGGUGCCAACUUUGCCAGGAAAUGAGGAUGCUUUUGUUUCUGAAGCCAAUCUAUAUCCAUACAGUAAAAGUCUUACUUUACCUGAUUCAACAUUGUUGCUAGUUGGGUCAAUUAUUGAUAGUUGGGAUAGACUGCGAGAGAGUUCAUUUCGUAUUUUACUGUACUUUCCUACCCCACUUCCUGGGAUUUGUAGUCCAGACUUGGUCCGUGAAGCAAUUAUAUGGGCUAAAAAGUUAGUCUGCAGUCCACGUGUCCGAGAAACUGAUGCUGGAGCUCUGACUCUGCGGCUUCUUUUUAGGAAGUAUGUCAUGGAGCUAAGCUGGAUUGUUAGACCAUCAUGUAAUGGUGUCUCUUUUGAUUCAGAAUCUGAGCUGCCAAAUGGGGAGUAUCAAAGUUGCAGAUCCAGCCCUCCUGCAGUAACUUAUCUUAUAUCACUUAUUGAUUGGCUUCUUGCAGCUGUGGAAGAUGCUGAAAGAAAUCUUUCAGAAGCAUGCAAGAAUAGCUUUGUUCAUGGUAUAUUGCUCACCCUUCGUUACACAUUUGAGGAAAUGGAUUGGAAUUCGAAUGUGUUUUUGCAUAGUAUCGCUGAAAUGAAACGUGUAUUAGAAAGGCUCUUGGGGUUGGUCAUGCGAAUAACUUCCUUGGCCCUUUGGGUAGUCUCAGCUGAUGCAUGGUACUUACCUGAUGAUAUGGAAGAAAUGGUGGAUGACGAGGCAUUUCUUCUGGAGAUUCAGGAUGAGAUCGAGUCAUCUGGCCCGAAAUCACAGGAUGAGGUUAAAGUUACCAAAGUUGUGGAGGAGGUCAGGCCCUCCGAACAGGUUGUUAUGGUUGGUUGCUGGCUUGCAAUGAAAGAGGUGAGCCUUCUUCUGGGAACAAUAAUUAGGAAAGUUCCUUUACCUACUUCCGAUGAAAUGAGGGAGGUAAUGGGUAGUACUGCUGAUAAUUCUGUUGGAGCAUCUAACGCAAUGCUUGAUUUAAAACAACUUGAGACAAUUGGCAACCAUUUCUUAGAAGUCCUUCUCAAAAUGAAACAUAAUGGAGCAAUUGAUAAGACAAGGGCCGGGUUUACAGCACUGUGUAAUCGUUUGCUUUGUUCAAAUGAUCCAAGGCUAUGUAAAUUGACAGAGUCUUGGAUGGAGCAACUGAUGCAAAGAACUGUGGCCAAGGGACAGACAGUGGAUGACCUGUUAAGAAGAAGUGCAGGUAUACCUGCCGCAUUUAUUGCAUUUUUCCUCUCAGAACCUGAGGGAACACCAAAGAGACUACUUCCAAGGGCACUACGGUGGCUAAUAGAUAUAGCUAAAAAGUCUUUAACUGAUCAACCUCAUGCAAACAACUCCAAUAGUAACUUGUGCAGUGGGUUUUUAUCAAAUUUAAACCAGGAAACUGGAUGCACACCACCUCCUGGUAUGAAUGGGAAUAAAGAAAUAUCAAAGGUCCGAGAUGAGGGUGUUGUUCCAACUGUACAUGCUUUCAAUGUACUCAGGGCAGCUUUCAAUGAUACAAACCUAGCGACUGAUACCUCAGGCUUUUCUGCUGAGGCAUUGAUAAUCUCGAUACGAUCUUUCUCUUCGUCAUACUGGGAGGUCCGCAACAGUGCUUGUCUCGCAUAUACUGCUUUAGUACGGCGCAUGCUUGGAUUUCUGAAUAUUCAGAAAAGAGAAUCUGCAAGGCGAGCUCUAACUGGCCUUGAAUUUUUCCACAGGUACCCUUCUCUACACUCAUUCUUAUUCAAUGAACUGAAAGUGGCUACUGAAUUGCUUCUGGAUGGGUCAUCAGAACAGUUAGGAUCCAACCUGAAAAACAUUGUGCAUCCAAGCUUGUGUCCAAUGCUGAUACUUUUGUCUAGGCUUAAACCUUCACCAAUUUCAAGUGAAACUGGAGAUGCUUUUGACCCUUUUCUUUUUAUGCCAUUCAUCCGGAGGUGUUCUACUCAAAGCAACUUUCGCAUUCGUGUCCUUGCAUCAGGUGCUUUAACAGGUCUUGUGGCCAAUGAGAAACUGAAAGUUGUCAUCCUCAACAUUGCAUCAGAGCUACCUACUGAGAAAAGCAGCAUUGCUACUCCUGGUUCACCUAGUACCUUGGAUUCGACUAAUGAGACCUUUUGUUCAUUCAAUUCAAUUCACGGAAUGUUAUUACAGCUCAACUCUCUUGUUGAUAUCAACUGUAGAAACCUAGCCGAUUCCUCUAAAAAAGAUAAUAUUCUUCAUGAAUUGGUUCAAAUCCUAGCAAAACGCACAUGGAUUGGAAGACCACAACAGUGCACUUGCCCCAUCCUGAAUGGCUGCAUAUUAAAGGUGCUUGAUAACAUGCUAAGCAUUGCAAGAACCUGUGAAGCGAGCAGAAGUGCUUGUGACAUUUGGAACCUCCUCUGGGAGUUGUCAUCGGAAUGCUUAGAUUUAGAACCUGCUGAUGGCCCUAGGUAUUUUGAUCCAACUAUUCAGGAACUUCGAAAGCAAGCUGCAACCUCCUAUUUCAAUUGUGUUUUCCAAACAUCCAAAGAAGUUGUUGAAGAUGAUCUUCUGAUGAGAAGCAAUUUCCAUUCACCUGCUACUAGUUCGUUAAGAGUAGUGGGAGUGGAGGUUAUCUUUAGCGGAUUUCAGGAGAGGUUGAUCCGCUCCAUGUCAGAUACAUCAUAUGAAGUACGAAUUGCUACGUUGAAGUGGCUUCUUCUGUUCCUGAAGAGAAGGGAAUCAUUAGGUAAUAACAAUGCGGAUCAGUUUUAUUCUGAAGCUAUGAAAAUUUGCUCGACUAUUGUCGAUCUUCAAGAUACAGUUACUAAGCUUCUGGUUUCAGAAAAACAUCAUAAAUGCAUGCAUUACCUUCUAAAAAUUUUUUAUACUUGGAACUCUCUUGGAUAUCCAGACAACCAACUAGGGGUGGGACCAAGAUAUGUCUGUAAUAUGGACUGCCAUUCAAUAUUCCAGUUGUGGAACAUGUUGGUUUCUCUAUUCAAGAUCACAAGGCAUGCAAAGACACGACAAACACUCAUCUGCUGCUUGGGGAUAUGUGCCAAGCAAAUUUCCAACUUAUGUAUGAGGUUUUUGUCUUGUGAAGUAGAUAAGAUAAAAAUAGCUGAGCUUAUCCAAACUGAUCCAAGUAAAAUGUUCUCUGAUUUCUAUGAUUCAUUAAGUUAUUUUGUGGAUCUGAUAGAACAAAGCAGUGAUGCAUCGGAGCCUGUAAAUAUGAGGAAGGCAGCUGCGGAAUCAAUGAUAGCUUCUGGUCUGCUGGCUCAUGCUGAGGCCCUUGGUUCUUUGGUUUUCAGCUACCCAGUUUCAGAUGGGAGUCUAUGUUCUAAUUUUAAACCAGAAGAGGCUAUCAGAUUGUUUGCCCGUAAAGUACUGGACCUAUGGUUGACAUGCAUAAAGCUUCUGGAGGAUGAAGAUGUUGGGCUCAGGAAAAGGCUUGCUUUAGAUGUCCAGAUGUGUUUUACAUCCAGAGACCCCAGAAAACACUUUCCCGCUACAACGGCGUCCAGUCAAGUUGAGAAAGUGAUUGAACUAUGUUUUGAGCAUCUUUCGACAAUCUUUGGUCACUGGCUCGAUUAUUUGGAUUAUCUUUGCUGCUGGGUCCUGAAUGCUGCAAACAGUUCAAACUACACUGUGUCAGGAGGAGACCUUGUCAGGCGUGUUUUUGACAAGGAGAUUGAUAACCAUCAUGAAGAAAAGCUGUUAAUUUGUCAGAUUUGUUGUUCGCAUCUGGAAGGUAUUCUAAUUUCAAAAUCUUGGGCAGGUGAUUCAUGGAUCAACAGUGGGGUGAGGGAUCUUUUGCGUAAAUGGAGGACCAGAUUUUUGGAACAGAUGAUAGCAUUUACCAAUGACCAUAUGGGAAAAAGGGGAAGUAUUGAUUGGAUUGGUGGAGUUGGCAAUCACAAGGAUGCAUUUUUACCACUUUACUCAAAUCUCCUUGCAUUUUAUGUCUUGUCGAACUGCAUCUUAAAAGAAGAACAUGACAAUUGUGGGCACUUGCUCUCUGAAGUGUCUAGACUUGGAGAAGCUAUUAAUCCCUUUCUUGGCAAUUCGUUGAUCUCCAACCUGUUUUUGAUAGUUGUUAAUUCCCAUGAGAAAUAUUUGGGGGCAACUGCAGGCAAUUUGCCCCACAAGUGGAGUAUCAAUGAUUCCACGUGGGAUGAAUUCAACCCCUAUUUUCUACUUAGGUGAAUUUACAUGAUUUUUGUAACUCAUAUACUAGGUGCCUAAUGGGGAAAAUAGUUGUGAAAUCCCCAUGGGGUAUGUAUUCUAUCCUUAUACAUCUUUAGGUUUAGGGAAUAUGUGUUCUUCCCAUGCUCUUGCUUUGUGUGAGACAUCAUACAAGUAUUUGCUAUUCGUUUCUUGGAGCAUCAAUGCAUGGAUGGUGGAGGAUAGUCUCUAUAUAAUGAUGUCCCUGUCCCUUUUUAACUCCUCGUUCCAGCUUAGAUUUUCUUGUUCUGUCUUCUGAAGUUGUAACUCCAGAUUUUUAACUCUACUGAAGAGAGUAUUGGGAAAGGCAAGCAAAAUGAAUGCACGCCACUGAUGUUCCCUCUCUCUCUCUUUUUCUUUUUUUGGUGUUUAACUAGGUUCAAUUCGAGGUUUUCACAGUUAUUAAGCCACAGACCAGGUUGUGACUCUAUUAGUGCACUCCAGUAGCAUGCGUAGGCCUCAAGAUGCUGGAGAAAACCUGGAUUCAAGCUUGAGAAGACCAACAUUCGAGCAAUGGAUGGUUUUCAACAGGGAGAGAGGGAGGGCAUAGAGGAAAGCAAGAACUAUUGCCACUAGAAGGAGUUAUAAAGCUAUACUUUCUUGCAAUGUGUGGGACUUGGCCAAUGGACAAGCCAGCAUGUUUUAAUUGCCAAAUUCUUUGCAGCCC